CCGCCGUAGUAAGAUGGGGCGUCCCAUCAAACGAUAAGCAGUCGUCUAUCCGCUAAGGUACCUCUCUCAUGAUGGGAACCUGAUACCUGACCCAACCAAACCAACCAAGCCAACCAAGAGUCAGUCACAGUCACAAUCACCAGCCACAUCACAACUUCCCCUUCCCUUCUCUCCUUCCUCAAAACUUAAAUACUUUCUUACCUUACCUUACUCUUGCUAUCCCCUCAUAUGACAACAAAUCCUGCUCUGUCUUUUACAGCCUGGCUAAGGGUUCACUGUAUCAUAAAUCGGAUGCUUCCUUCACCCUGACUUCACCACCCGAGCACAUAGCUAUGUCCUCAUCAAUCACCAUCCCUACCCGCCAGGCCUACUGUGAGGUUGGUGGCAAGGUCGGAUCGAGCUCGAGCUCUUCAUCGUGCUAUUCCACCUCGCCUCAGACUCCCCAGCAGAAGGGGAAGAGCCCGAUGUCGACGCCGUCCAAGUCGGCGGGCCAUAAUCGUAGGCCGAGCAUGCUGAGUGAGUCCUCUCCCUCCCCGAUCCGGCUGUCACACCAUUCGGCCAAGCGGCUGUCAACGGCUCAUCAGCCCACGAAGUAGCAUGAUGGAUAUGGGAUACUUUCAAAUUACAAUAGUUGUGGAAUGUGAGCCUGACAGGUUUCAUUAGGCUCGUCCUUCUCCCAACAGGAACACACCGUCAUCAACAUCGGUGACCCGGAUGGAACGCCUCGCCUUAUCACCUGCGUCCGCUACUCCCAAGGCUAUGAAUGGAAUCCAGGUAAAUAAAACCCCCUCUUAUCCUGACCCUAAACCAAAACCACCAGCUAACGAAC